AUGAGCAGGUGUGUUUGUGGCCAGCGGCAGCCUGAUCCGGUGUUUGCGGCCAGCGGCAGCUUGAUUCAGUGUGUGGCCAGGGGCAGUCUGAUCUGGUGUGUGGCCAGCAGCAGCCUGAUCCGGGGUGUUUGUGGCCAGCGGCAGCCUGAUCCGGUGAUUGCGGCCAGCGGCAGCUUGAUUCAGUGUGUGGCCAGUGGCAGCCUGAUCCGGUGUGUGGCCAGUGGCAGCCUGAUCUGGUGUGUGGCCAGCAGCAGCCUGAUCCGGUGUGUUUUCGGCCAGUGGCAGCUUGAUUGGUUGUGUUUGCGGCCAGUGGCUGCCUGA